AUGCUUUUUAAGCAAAAUCUUUUCUUUGCUUUAGCUAUUGCUGCUGCUGCAGCUACGGCGGUUGCGGCGGUUAUAUUACGCACUCUUACCUUCGAAGAUUCGCUUUUUCUUUUAGACCUUUUUAUUAAGCGCUUGCUUAUAUUAACGACCGUUAAAGCUUUAAAGUGCAUUAAGUGCAUUAAUAAUAAGAUCACAUCGAGGUUUAAUAAAAACUGCUAUAAUUGCGAUACGAGCGUUAUACGCUAUCUCCGGUAUGCUAAAAGUAGCUAUAGCAACUGCACCGCUGCUUUUGCCGCUGUUAACACCGCUUUCGAUAACUUCCUCGCCUUAGAUGCUGCCCUUUUAAAAGGUGCUGCUAAUAGUGCAAGCGGUCUAGCGAAUAGAAGUAGAGGUUUUAAAAGUAAUCUCGAUGGCUUUAUAAGUUUUGCUCUUGCUCUUAAGACUUUCAAUUUGAAUGUAGCUUUUGUUAGAUUGAAUAGUCUUAUAGCAGCGAACCGUAAUCCGGUGACUCGAAGCGCUUCGAGCAUGUUACCUUUUCCAGCCUUUGCGCUUGCGCUAGCCGCUUUUAUUGCUCUCGUCGCUUCCGCAACUCUCGUCGCACUUAUUAUCGUCGCUUCUUUUGCGCUAGUUAUUGCGCUUGCCGCUCUCGCGGCGGCGCUCGCCGUUGCUAUAACGCUUGCGAAGCGCCGGGCUAAAGUAAAGAGAUUGCUAAGAGCUCUAAUUGAUCUUUUAUUAUAA